AUGAAGAAGAAGGCCCCCGUGAAGUCAAAGAUCGGGAAGCAGGCUCAAAGGAACGCGGCGCGCAAGAAGCGGGUGAUCAUGGGCGAUGAGACGUUUCUCAACAAGGGGAAGAGGAGCAAACUCAACAAGAACGCUCGGCCAAAAAAGGAUCAGGAGAUGGCUAUGGACCUCAGGCUGAUCGGGCUCAGGAAGGGCGACCUUUUCGCGAGCGAUGAGUGGGGUGGGUGGGGCUACUCCACGAACGCCAUCGAGGCGAAGUGGAGCGUCGUGAAGCGUUGGGUCCGCUCCAAGUACGGCGGCCGCCUUCCCCGGCACAACGACCGCCGCAAGUGGAGGGUGUUGCUGCAGGAGUUCCAGUGCAGGCAGAAGUGCGGGACUCACACGCGCGACUUCGGCAACUCCUACAAGGCCCCCCUCAAAGUCUUCCUCGCCCACAUCGCUGAGCACUGA